AUGGAAGACCAUGAUAAAUCUCCUCCCUCUCCCCCCAAGGAUUACUAUAAGAUUCUAGAAGUUGAUUACGACGCAACUGAGGAAUUGAUCAGACUGAAUUAUCGGAAGCUUGCAUUGAAGUGGCAUCCCGAUAAGCACAAAGGUGACACUGCAGCUACAGAAAAAUUUCAGGAGAUCAAUGAAGCUUAUAAUGUGCUGAUGGACCCUGCUACACGUUUUGAGUAUGAUUUAACCGGUAUUUAUGAGAUCCACAAGUAUACUUUACGGGAGUAUCUUGCAAGAUUUAAGGGAAUGAUACUCACUUGCAAUGGCCUUGGCAUCAGCCAAUCCUCAUCGCCAUGGACACAUCAAUUGUCUGAGACCACCAGUAAAACAACAGACUAG